AUGUUUGACCAUUUUGAGCAAGCAGCAGCCGGUAAAAAACACUUACAACCCCAAAAUAUAAUAGUGUGUCACGAUUUAGUUACUAUUUAUUCUGCUAUUACUAAAAAUCGCUUGGAUUUAUUAACUUUUUUAAUGGCCAAACAGCCAAAAAAUAUUUAUCAAUUGGACAAGGAGGAAAUUAAUGAGAAAGUUGCUGACAAUGGCUCGUGCGUUGGAAAAAAAGCGAAAGUGCGACCAGUCGCUCUUUACGAAGAGAUAGUGUUUAAUUUUCCGGUUAAGGAGAUAGUUGAUUUAACUAAUAAACGAGUGGUUGGACCUGUUGCUUUAACUCCAUAA